UCCACACCACAGUAAAGACUUUACAGCAAAACAAUGGCGUCGUUAACAACAGCACUGAAGACUUUGUUCAGCUUAUUGGCCUGUGUGAUGUCAGUUUCACUUGUUUAUGCAUUUGCCACUGAUUACUUCCUUUCUUGUUUCGACCCAAAAGCCAGGUGGAUGCAAGUGGGAUUGUUUGAUUUUUGCGUAGAUGUUUCGCUUAUAACCGUUUGGUUUUUCUACAAAGAAUCAAGAUGGAUCAUGCGACUUGUUUUUAUAUUUAUGUUAUUCUGCUUCGGAAGUUUUACUAUCUGCGGAUACAUCAUUUUACAACUCUUCAAGUUGUCGCCUGAAGAAUCUUCAAAAGAUCCCUUUUAUUUUGUGCUAGUGAGGCGUCAAAAAAGGUUAGAACAAAUGUCUUAUAUAAUAUACUAGGUUAUAUACCCGUGAGCUUCACGGGUUAUGGGUUGUUUUAUAAAAAUUUAUAUUUACAAAAGAAUUUUAUAUAUAUGAUUUCUUAUAA